AUGCCUGAAGAGGCUAGCGCGGCCGUCCGAAAUAGGCUAUAUAUAGCUGGCAUUUCUAUACGAUGCGAAAAACACUAUACGACACGUCCCACCGCCCAAUACACUAGCACUACUGCCGCAAAGAGGCUAAGUGCUAGCUAUGCGGGGAAAAACAUUAGACGAAAUAGCAUGCAUGCACUAUAUGCAAUGCUAAGGGUAGACGCUAGCACCAAAAUCCUCCAAGUGAAUCUGAAUUCAGCUGCCUAUAAUACGGAAUCCGCGCUAUAA